GGGAGAUGCCGCCUGCAAUGUGCGCGCUCCUGAUAACGCCGGAGACGGAGCCAGCAGAUAGAGCCAGCGCCUGGAGAGAGGGGGGACGAGACCCGCUCUCCGCCCCCCGCUAGCCCUCCUCCCCCCCGGCAGGCUGACAAAGGCAGCAGGGAGGGGUGGGGUGGGGGGGGUAGCAGGAGCCCUCCUCCGUCCAGCGAGCCAGCCCCCCCCCCUCGCAGGAGCCCCUGGCUGCAGCUGUUCCCAGCCCCCCCGGCGCUGUUCCCCUGGCGGGGGAAGGGGUGGGGGGUGCUGGAGAAGAAGGUGCCGGGGGUUGCAUGCACACAGCUGGUGGGGAGCUGCAUUGCACGGGGGAGGGGGGAUCUGUGUGUCCCCCCCCCCGCCUGCCUGGUGUGUGUCUCUGCGCCCCGGCUCCCGAGCUGGAUGCGUGGCCAGGAUGCCAGGCGGGUGCGAGGCAGGGACAGGUGUGAGGGGGAGAAGGAGGAGCGCCGCCCCUUAAAGGAAAGAGCCGCUCGGAGUUGCCCGCUGCAGACAGCCCCAGCCUGGCUCCCGGGGAGCUGCCGGCACGGUGUGAAGGACGCCCGUCCCUCCCGGAGACCAUGACGCCGCCCUGUGCUCUGCUCAUCCUGCUGCUGCUGGAGGGGGCGGCUGAGGCCAUGUUCCCGGAAGAGCCCGGACCCAUUAGCCUGGCCCCCGGAGACUAUGUGAAGCACUACUCGGUGUUUGUGGGCAGCGGGCUGAGCCGUUUCUCCAGCCUGGAUGGCGGCGGGGCGGAGCGACUCCACAUCCAGCGCAUGUUGAAGGUCAACAGGACUCUGUACAUUGGCGACAGGGAUAACUUGUACCGGGUGAGCCUGGAGCCUGCCACAGCCAGCGAGAUGCGCUACCAGCGGAAAUUGACUUGGGGGUCGAACCCACACGACAUCAGCAUCUGCCGGAUGAAGGGGAAGCACGAGGCCGAGUGCCGGAACUUCGUCAAGGUGCUGCUGGUGCGGAACAAGAGCACGCUCUUCGUCUGCGGGACCAACGCCUUCAACCCCGUCUGCGCCAACUACAGCAUGGACACCCUGGAGCCCAUUGGAGACAGCAUCAGCGGCAUGGCCCGGUGCCCCUACGACCCCAAACAUGCCAAUGUCGCCCUCUUCACGGACGGGAUGCUGUUCACGGCCACGGUGACGGAUUUCUUGGCAAUCGACACAGUGAUCUACCGGAGCCUGGGGGACAGCCCCACUCUGCGCACCGUCAAGCAUGACUCCAAAUGGUUCAAAGAGCCCUACUUUGUCCACGCGGUGGAAUGGAAGAGCCACGUCUAUUUCUUCUUCCGGGAGAUCGCCAUGGAGUUUAACUACCUGGAGAAGGUGGUGGUGUCCCGGGUGGCCCGGGUGUGUAAGAACGACAUGGGCGGGUCGCAGCGCGUGCUGGAGAAGCAGUGGACGUCCUUCCUCAAGGCCCGGCUGAACUGCUCCGUGCCAGGGGACUCGCACUUCUACUUCAACGUCAUCCAGUCGGUGACGGACAUCCUGUACCUGGACGGGCGGCCCGUGGUGCUGGCAGUCUUCUCCACGCCCUCCAACAGUAUCCCCGGCUCAGCGGUCUGCGCCUUCGACAUGGCACAGGUGGCAUCUGUCUUUGAGGGGCGCUUCCGGGAGCAGAAAUCCCCCGAGUCCAUCUGGACUCCCGUGCCAGAAGAGAUGGUGCCGAAGCCGCGGCCCGGGCGCUGCGCAGCCCCCGGCAUGCGCUAUAACUCCUCCAGCUCCUUCCCAGACGAGCUCCUCAACUUCGUGAAGACACAUCCCCUGAUGGACGAGUCGGUGCCUUCCCUGGGCCACACCCCGUGGAUCAUCCGCAGCAUGACUCGGUAUCAGCUCCGUAAAAUUGUGGUGGACACUGCGGCAGGGCCCUGGGGCAAUUGCACCGUGGUCUUCCUGGGCUCCAACACUGGCACCAUCCUCAAGUUCCUGAUCAAGCCCAACAUCAGUGCCAGCCGCUCAGCCGUCAGCGCUGGGAGCCAGAGCCUGCUCCUGGAGGAGUUCGAGACCUAUCACCCCGGCAGGUGCGGCCGAGACAACGAGGAUGAAAGGAAGCUCUUGGGCAUGGAGCUGGACAAAGCCACGGGGUCCUUACUACUGGCCUUCCCCCCAUGCGUGGUGAGGGUGCCCACUGCCCGAUGCCAGCAGCACUCGGGCUGCAUGAAGAACUGCCUCGGGAGCCGGGAUCCCUACUGCGGCUGGACCCCCGAGGGCUCCUGCAUCUUCCUGGAAACCAACACCAGGGCUGCGUUCGAACAGGACAUCGCCGGAGGCAGCACCUCGCACCUCGGGGAGUGUGAAGGGCUGGUGACGGAGAGCUUCGUGGAGGAGCCAGAUGGGUUGGUCUCCGUGAAUCUGCUGGUGAUCUCCUCCGUGGCUGCCUUUGUCAUCGGGGCGGUGAUCUCCGGCUUCAGCGUGUGCUGGUUCAUCGGGCACCGGGACCGCAAGGAGCUGGCGCGCCGCAAGGACAAAGAGAACAUCCUGUCGCACAGCGAGUCGGUGGUGAGCGUCAGCCGGCUGGGCGAGCGCCGCGCCCGCGGGGGCCAGCCCGAGAACCUCCUGGCCCCACUGAUGCAGAACGGCUGGCCCAAGGGGCUCAUCAAGGUCAGCCAGCACGACCUGGACUCGGGGGUGCUGCCCACCCCCGAGCAGACCCCCCUGCAGCAGAAGCGCUGCCCCGGCAACCUCAAGAACUGCAGCUGGGAGCAGAGCCACAAUCUCAUCAACGCCUCCAUCCGCGAGCCGCCCUGCACCGGCUCCUCCGUCAUCCUCCUGCACUCCAGCCACGCCCAGGUGCCCCACCACCUCCGGGCCGGGCGCGUCAUCCCCAUCUGCCACUCCAUGCUCAUGGACCAAGAGCUGGAGGACGAGGCGAGCAACUCCUCCAUGGACAUGCACUACCUGCCGGUGAGCGGGGGCCGGGAGCACGGCGAGGGGCCAAGGGCCCAGCAGCAGCCGCCCCCCUCCCACCGGCCCGGCUUGGGCAGGAGCUCGUGCGGCGAGUUCCCCGUCACGCCGCACGACAGCCCGGACCGGCGCCGGGUGGUGUCGGCGCCGAGCGGGGAGGUCGGGGACUACACCGACGGCUGCCACUGGAACCCCGACAAGCUGAACUUCAACAGCAACAACGCGGCCAGCAAGGCGGUCGCCCACCUCAAGAGGAACCACACGUUCAACAGCGCAGAGAACCCCGGGGUGUACAGCCGGCAGGCCGGGCCCCCGCGGGCCCCCACACUGGGCAGCCAGCACACCCUCACGGACCUCAGCCACCUCCUCAAGUACAGCAUCGAGCGGACUCCCUCCGUCAAAUAGGAGCCGGCCGGGGAGAGGGUGUGGUUUGGUUUUAUAGCCUCCUCUUGGGGGCGGGGUUUCAGUGGAGGGGGCGGAGCAUAGGGAGCCUCACUCCCAUCCGGGGAGACACGCCCGAGACCAAGGUGUCUCCAGCAAAUGACUGUAGGGGGCGCCGGAGAGGAGCCGGUUGUGGGGCCGGGGCGGGGUCUUCCCGUUUGCUCUGGCAGCUGGUGCUUCCUCACUGGACUCUUCUCCCCUAACCUGCCCACUCGCUCCUUCUUUUCGGUGGGACCUAGGCAGGAUUGGGGCCCCUCCAAGCAGGAUUUCAUCAUCACCCUAGAUAUAACAAAGUGAGGGGAUGGAAGGCAGCUGUCUGGAAAAGGCCCCAGUGAACGUGGGGUUCCCCCCACCCCACCCGGCUCGUCACUUCCUCGUUUUUGUACUGUAAAUGGUGGGGGUGUGAGAUCUUUUAAUGAGUGGGUGACGUGCUCCUUGACACUCCCAGCGCAGAGCAGCCUCCCCAGGAUCUCAGAGUUCUCCUCUCUCCUUUUGGGAGGGGCCAAAGCCAGAGUUCCCCUCUGUUCCCCCCCCCCCCGCGUCUGACACUGCCAGUGCCCAAAGUCCCCCUCUGCCUCUUGCUUGGAGGGCACAGGGCCUGGGUUUCCCUUCUGGCCUCACCUGGCAAGGGCUGGGCCCGUUCCUACACUAGCGGUGGGCAGUGCCCCUUCUGCCCCAUGCUGGCAGGGAUGGCACUGGGUGCAGCGCCCCCUCUGCCCUGCACGGGCGGGGGCAAGACCCCCUCUGUCUGUCCCAGGACAGGGCUUCUGUUGCGUGGUCCGGAAGGUCUGCGACCUCCAGUGAAUCAGGCCCGUUGGCUUCCCCGCCAGCCCAGCUAGGACUGGACUCUGGCAUGGUGCCAGUGGCCCCUCCACUGGUGGACCAGCAGAGAGAGGGGGCCGGGGCGGGCAGGGGGGGAUGCUCCCUUUCCACCUGGCUGGGGCCGAUCUGUCCUGGCUCCCCGAUGGCCUGUCCGGCUACCGCUCCGCAGAGAGACCAGCACUUUACCCGUCACCCUGGGAAGACCUGCCAGGUUCAUGCCAGCGAGUGGCGUUGGACUGACACUGCAGCAGGGUUACGGCUGCGCUCCCCAAAACCACCCAUCCUCCUUCCCUACGGCAUUUCCUGGUACUCCACCCGCCCGCCUCCCGGCCCUCCGCUGGGCUGUUCUCCCCACGGCCCGUUUCGUGCACUCCCGAGUGCAGGGCAGGCACUGGUCCCUGGCGGGGCGGGGGGCCCAGCUCACUCUCUCGGCUGGGGCAGACGGGGCAUACACUGCCGGGCAAGGCCAAGCACCCCCAACGAGGCCCCUCUGAACCGGCUGACGAAACGGUUCCCGGCUGCCUCCAUCGCCCCUGUGCCCUGAUGCAGUCGGCCACACGCCGCCCGAUUCCGGCAGGAGCCCUUCGCGCUGGUGGAGAUGACUGCAAGGGGGACGGAGGAUUGGCACAAACGUCGCCUUAGGGAUUGUGGAGCCCCCCAGACUCGGGGUGGGGACGUGGGGGGGAAGCGGGGGCGUAUGUCUCUGGAACAAUAGGAAGCACAAUUUUUCUGUCGUUUUAAACCCGUUCGGGGGCUGAUUUUCUACCAACCGCGAAGCAGGAAGGGGCCCCGGGCAUGUGGCUUGCUCUGGUUUGGCGCGGAUUCUGCCAGGGUUUCCAGGAUGGGAUCUUGGCCUGUUUGUAUUUGUAUUUUACUGGGGGGGGCGGGAGGAGGUGGCCUUUCUUUUUCUUUCCUUUCCUGUCGCAAAUUGCACAAUCCCUCCGGCAGGGAGGCAUCUCUUGGGCCAGGGGUCGGGAGCGUCUCCAGCUGUGGCAGGCAGCGGGUGGGGUAUUGCCCCUGCUGGUCCCCUCCCAGGGCCCACUUCUGCCCACCCGCGGCCAGGCAGGGAAGGGGCUCUCCGGGAAGUCUGGCUCCUGCCCCACCCCCCGCCCCAAAGCACAGAUUGGAGCCUAGCUGCUGGCACCGAUCCCAGAGGCGGUGCGGCACUUGCGGGCCUGGGGAGCGGGCCAUAACACGGGCAUGCGUCGGCGUGUCUGUAUGCGUGCCUGGCGCUGCCCCCCCUGUGGUCACGCAGCCAGCCUCUCGGGCCCUCAGCUGCGGCUUGCCGGGGCGCCUCCAGCGCUCAUCUUCCCCAAGGUUUUGGCAGGAGGCUCAGAGCUGGGGGUGUGGGACCAGCUCUCGUCUACACUCGCUUCUGGUGGCGGCUAAGCCGGUGGAGCGGCUCCCCGGGCGGUGGGGACCGGUGAAGAUUGCGGGGCAUGGGGCUGGUUCAGACGGUCGCCCCAAUGCUCGGCUGCUUCUCCCAGCCUCUCUGGGGGUGCAAAGUCCAUGGGGAGGGUGGAGGGGAUUCACUUGCUCUCCAGGUACCCUGCACCCCACUCAGACCACAGAGCUGACAGGGAUGGCUUCCCCUGCUGCAUUUCGGCACGUCCAGCCACAAGCACAAAAGCCACUGAAACGAGGUCCCCAGCCCCACUGGGGCCGCAGGGUCUGGGCUAGGGGUGGGCUGGGUUCUUGUCCUCUCUGGGCCUGUUAGCUGGAGCUUUGGGUCCAGGGUCAGAUCCUGCUGCUGGGGGCGGCCUUGCUGGUCCCCAGUGAAGAGGCUCUGCCUGGGGGGCUGGACCCUCUGCCCACCCCAGUGAAGGGGAAGGACUGGCGGCGUGGGACCAGGGCAAGGAAAGACACCUGAAGGAGGGGGUGACCGCCUUGGUCUGGAUGGGAAGUGGACGCAGGCAGCAAAAUGUGCUCGCGGGGCUGGAGGAGGUAAUGUGGGAGCAGCUGCCCCCCUCCCUAGAGCUGGCCUGCAGCCCGCCCCCCUACACACACACACUUGGCCUUCUCCACCAGGGAUGGCAAAGCACUGCUCUCGCCUGGCACCGUCUUGGGGCUGGAGCGCCAGGCGUAUGGGAGCUGCUGGGCACUUUGUGCAAAUCCAGCCACUUCCUUUAGGUGCCUGAAUGGGAGCUGAGCUCUUGUGACAAUCAGGCCAACGGGGCCUGCAGCCCCGUGGGUGCGGCUUGUACCACGCUCGGGUUGCAGCCCCGUGGGUGUGGCGUGUACCAUGCCCGGGCUGCAGCCCCGUGGGUGUGGCGUGUACCAUGCCCGGGCUGCAGCACCGUGGGUGUGGCAUGUACCAUGCCCGGGCUGCCAGCCCGGUUAGCCUGCACCUGGACAGAUCCUGCCCACACGCUGCCCAGGCCGGCUUAAAAAGGCAGCCAAAGCUCUGGGAAGACGGAAACUGCUCAGCAGGGCUUCUGCCCCUGCCCGCUGCAGAUCCUGGGCCCCGCCAGCCAGGCCCCUGCUUUCCCAAGGGAGGCUGGGGGGCUGGAUCCCCACCCUGGGGACUUUGACAAGGGAGCAGAAGCAGGCCUGGGGGAAGAGGGGAGGGGGCCAUGGCGACGUGCAGGGUGGCAAGACAGCUGUGAUGGGCUCCGCGGAGAGGGGCGGGCGUCUCUUACUGCCCCCAGGGGAAGCCGAGCCGCCCGCUACCCACCACUGUAAAUAAGGUGUGCGAGGCAUGCAGCCCUCAAGGAGACACCCCACUGCCAAGCGAGUGGUCAGUACAAUGCAAGUUCUCUUGUGACCUGUGCCCCCCUGUGACCUUUCUCCUUUGAACCCGCGCAGCCCAUGCAUGCUACAGCAGUAAACUCUUCUCUGUAUAACUCUGGAGUUCCCCCUGCCAAUAAAGUUCUGUUUACAAGACUGGA